AUGACACACUCCAUCAUCUCACCCGCCAUCCUCUACUUCGGCACGCCCGUCCUCCUCAUCACGUCCGAAAACGAAGACACAUCACACAACAUCUGCGCCAUCUCCUCCGUCUUCUGGCUCGGCCACCGCUGCAUCCUGGGCUUCGGCGCAGCCAGCAAAACCCCCCAGAACAUCCUACGCACGAAACAAUGCGUCGUAAACCUCCCAGAUGAAACCAUGACACGCCCCGUAAACGCCCUAUCUACCACCACGGGGACGGAGCGCCCGUCCUCGAGCAAACUCGCCCGCGGCUACCGCUUCGUCAAGGACAAGUGGACGUGUGCGGGCCUCACGCCCCAGCCGGCGGAUUUUGUGCGUCCCCCCAGGAUAAGGGAGUGUCCUGUGCAGAUGGAGUGCGAGCUUGCGGGCACGCAUGAUAUGAUGGAGGAUGUGCCGGAUCGGAAGGGCGUGCUUGUUGCUUUGGAGUUGCAGGUGGUGAGGGUGCAUGUCGUGGAUGGGAUUAGGAUGAAGGGGUAUGCGAAUAGGAUUGAUCCUGAUUUGUGGAGGCCGCUCAUCAUGUCUUUUCAGGAGUUGUAUGGGCUUUCGGGGAGGGCGGGGGAGAGCCAGUUGGGGAGGAUUGAUGAGGAGUUGUAUAGGAGGGCUACGAGGAGUGAUGUUGUGAAACGGCUGGGGGAUGGGGACAUGGCGAUGGCUGAGGAGAGAGAGGGUAGGGUGAAUGGAGUGAAUGGAACGAAUGGGACAGUUGCAAACGGUUGUUAG